CUCGGGACGGCAGUGGCGGCCGGCCGGGGCGGGGGAGCCGCGAGCCAUGGCGUGGAGGGAGCCGGCCGCGCUGCGCUGGCUCCGAGACAGCCGCCAGUCGCGGAGACUCAUCCUGCUCAUCGUCUUCAUCGCGCUGCUGCUGGACAACAUGCUGCUCACCGUCGUGGUGCCAAUAAUUCCCAGUUACCUCUACAGCAUCAAACACCACAAAAAUGCGACCGAAAACCACACUGUUAGGCCCAAGAUAGUUUCAUCAACAUUGGACAGUUUUCAGAGUAUCUUCUCCUAUUAUGACAACUCUACAAUGGUUACUGGAAAUCAGUCUGAUAGGACAAGACUGAAAGAUUGGUAUAUUGCUCAGACAGAACAAAUGGUUUUAAAUGUGACUGAUACACCCUCAGAUUGCCCUAAGGAAGACAAGGACCUUCUAAAUGAAAAUGUUCAAGUUGGUUUAUUGUUUGCUUCUAAAGCAACUAUGCAGCUAAUCACAAACCCUUUCAUAGGGCCAAUGACAAACAGAAUAGGUUACCAGAUCCCAAUGUUUGCUGGCUUUUGCAUCAUGUUUGUGUCAACCAUUAUGUUUGCCUUCUCAGGAAGCUACACAUUACUGUUCAUAGCAAGAUCUCUCCAAGGAGUGGGAUCGUCUUGUUCUUCUGUGGCUGGCAUGGGCAUGCUGGCCAGUGUUUAUACAGAUGAUGAAGAGAGAGGCAAUGCAAUGGGGAUUGCACUGGGAGGCCUUGCUAUGGGAGUUUUAGUGGGUCCACCUUUUGGGAGUGUGAUGUAUGAGUUUGUGGGAAGGAGUGCGCCUUUUCUUGUGUUGGCAGCAUUAGCUGUGUUAGAUGGAGCUAUUCAGUUAUUUGUUCUACAGCCAUCCAGAGCACAACCAGAAAGUCAGAAAGGAACACCACUACUGACCCUCUUGAAGGAUCCAUAUAUCAUUAUUGCAGCAGGCUCAAUCUGCUUUGCAAACAUGGCCAUUGCUAUGCUGGAACCGGCACUGCCCAUUUGGAUGAUGGAGACCAUGUGUUCAAGAAAGUGGCAACUUGGCAUCGCUUUUAUUCCAGCUAGCAUCUCUUAUCUUAUUGGAACUAAUAUUUUUGGGAUACUCGCACACAAAAUGGGAAGAUGGCUUUGUGCUCUGCUUGGGAUGAUAAUCGUGGGAAUAAGCAUUUUAUGUGUACCAUUUGCCAAAAACAUAUAUGGGCUCAUUGCACCAAAUUUUGGGGUCGGGUUUGCCAUUGGAAUGGUGGAUUCUUCCAUGAUGCCAAUUAUGGGCUACCUUGUAGAUCUGCGCCAUGUUUCAGUCUAUGGCAGCGUGUAUGCAAUAGCUGAUGUUGCCUUUUGCAUGGGGUUUGCAUUAGGUCCGUCUGCUGGCGGUGCCAUUGCCAAGGCCAUCGGUUUCCCAUGGCUCAUGACAAUUAUAGGGAUUGUGGAUAUUCUCUUUGCUCCUCUGUGUUUCUUCCUGCGAAGUCCUCCUGCCAAGGAAGAAAAAAUGGCAAUACUCAUGGAUCACAACUGUCCCAUUAAAACAAAAAUGUAUACUCAGAACAACAUCCAGUCCUAUCCCAUAGGUGGCGACGAUGAAGAGUCUGAAAGUGAUGAAUGAUACCAAGAGCCAUACCCAGUAUUUUGGUGUUCAAAAAGCAGUGUUUCAUGUGAAACAUUUCAUCCAGAAAUAUGUUUUAGUUUUACUGUACUUUUAAUAGUGAAAUAGUCAAGAAACCAAAGGUAUAUUAUUAAUUUCUGAUGGCUAUAAAGCAGACUGCUAACUGCCUUAUGAAGAGGGAAAAUAAAAAGCUUUUAUAGGGGUUUGUAUAAACAGUGUUAAACUUCAUGUAUUUAAUUUUAUUAAAUAUUAUACAGUAUAUUUUUGAUUAAAUGUGUAGUAUAAAUCUAUAUAUAGUUUUUUUAAAGUUCACUUGUGGACAUUUUCACACAAAACUUCAUAUUAUGCUUAGAGUCAUUGGUGGGGCAAAGUCAAGUCAGUAAAACUCAAUUUAUUCUGCAGAUUGAAAAAAAAAAAAAAAAAAAAAGAGUUUGAGGAUGACGCAGCUAUCCCUUCUUGAUCCUUUUUUAGGGUUAGUACGCUCCUUCAGGCACACGCAGACUAGGAUGAUGAGACAACGUUGCGUAGGUUGGGGUCAUGCAGGGCCAGCUUUUUAUUUCUUUUUGACAGAACGCCUCUGCUGACUCUAGAGGCGAGCUCUGCUUACAAAACUGGUGGCGCAGUGAGAGCACUGGGUAGGGAGGGAAAAAAUACCCCACUUUUUUCCAAACACUUGUGUUCACACAGGUCAGUACAUUUCUUUUACUACUUUGAUUUUUAAUACAGCUUGAACCCACGAGCCAGUUACAUGAAUAUACAUAUUUAAUUUUAGGAGUAGAAGAAGAAUAAUGGAGCUAGUGUAUAUUAAAGAAGGUUGGUGUAUAAGAUUUACCCUUUUUAUAUUCAGAUUUUUUAUUUUGUCAUAUCUCUGAAACUUUAUUUUAGAUACUUACACAUUCAUUUAAGGUGUUUAAUAAAUAGUUGAUAUUGCAGAAUCACAAUAUUCAUUCACAAUGAGUCCUACAAGUAAGAUGAUAAACAUCCACAGUUGCUUUGAGCAGAUUCGAUUUUCAGGCUGAUAGGUGGCUAGAUACCUAGACAUGUUUACGUUUUGUCUGUUUGAAAAUUAAGUCAAAAUAUAAAUUACACUUAAAAACGGAAAAGGAACAGACAACUUGUUGCCAAUACCUCAAAUUAUCAUUUGAUGAAGCUAAGUCUAAUGAAAGAAAAGUACUGCAGUAAACAAUCAAUCUAUACAUCUGCACUGAGGAAAAGAAACUUUGGAAGUAAACGCUCAACAAAAAACAACAUGCACUUUUAUCCAGUGUUGUGUGCAUUUUGGUUUUAUUUGUAACUGAAUCUUAAUGUGCCUUCAUGUAACAGCAGAUGUUUUACGGACUAUAGCAUAGAUAUUCUGUGUUUACAUAUAGUUUUGUAAAGUGUAUAUAGUAUGCUCAGAAAGUAUUGAAAUGCUGUGGAUCAAACUUCAAGUGUCUCUUUGUUGAUAGUUAUGCAUUCAGAUGCCAGAAAAAUAAAUAAAAUACAACCUAAAAUACA